UAACCGUGUAACGUCAUGAACUCAAUUAAUGAACUUGGCGAGAAAGGGUAUCAUGAUCAAAACUUGUAGGCUCUACAUGCAUGGAUGGCUAAGACCGGUGUUAAUGGUGGUUGUCGAUUUCAACAUUUAAUCUGGAUAUACACAUAACAUUAAAUUUACAAUAGAACUAUUUAGAGAUAAAUUAUAUAAGAAUGUCGUCCAAACCAGAAGUAAUAAUACAAGUGACAUAUGAUACAGAACGAUUUGUUUCUUCAACAAUAAAAUCUGUUGGUGCAGCAACUUUUUAUGGAGUUGUUUCUGUUGCAACAGCCUUUGUAAAUAAAGGCUUAAUGAGCACACAUGACUUUGAUUUUCCUGUCAUAGUGAUGGUGGCCCAAAUGAUCUUUACAAUUGUUCUACUGGAGACUUUACGAUUUUUUGAUUUAAUAGAUCUUCCUGCAUUUACUCUUAAACGUGGUCGAGCCUUUCUAUGGCCAGCUGUAUUCUAUGGGAUUAAUGCUGUGUUGGCACUGAGUGCUCUGUCUCAUAUGAACAUAGCAAUGUAUGGUGUUCUAAAGCGCUGUGUUCCCAUAUCAACUCUCAUUCUGUCUGUUUAUAUUUUAAAGAAGACGUUUCCAUCAAAGAUGACCAUAAUAUCAGUUGUCUUUCUUAGUGUUGGAUGUUUAAUAGCAGGUUAUGGAGAUCUUGGUUUUAAUCCAGUAGCGUAUAUAUGUGGAGGUCUAAGUAAUUUUACUCAAGCAGUGUAUCUCAUACUGGUUCAAAAGUUUUCUCAACAAGACAUGACAACUGCACAAACUUUACAGCUGAAUAGUUAUAAUACAUUACCGUUACUUCUGUUAUAUUCCUGUAUAAAUCGUGAAAUUAUUGAUAUGUGGCAAUAUAAACAUUUUUACAGUAUACAAUUUAUUAUCAUGUUUUUCUUGGCUAUAAGCAUGGGCUGCUUAUUAAAUUAUUCCUUGUUCAUGUGUGCCAGUCUCACGUCUGCACUUACUACCAGUGUUGUUGGUGGAUUAAAAGCCUUAGCCCAGACACUGCUAGGAUUAUUCACGUUUGGUGGGGUCAGUCAUAACCUUGCUACAUACACUGGUAUCAGUGUGAAUCUCUCAGGAGGUAUUUUAUACAUUUUUUCAAAAUAUAGAGAAAAUCGCAAAAACAAAUCCUAUGAUAUGAAAAAGGUGAUGAGUAUAUCCUCUGCUGAAGACUUUAAAGACUUAGCUAAUGGACAUGUUGUGAAUGGAAAUCCAGUACAAAAAAGUAUUGGUACUUUUUUAACAGUUGAUCAUCAGAAGUCAGAAUCUUGAUGCUUGCAAAAUAUGAGAUUCCAUCUCAUUUGAUUAAAAUUUCAGAUUCACAGGGAUUUCCCUUUAUUUUAAAUAUUCCAUAGAUUUUGAUAUUAGGAAAUAGUAUUUUCAAAAUUGCAGAUGUUAAAAAUGAUCAUAGAGUGGUUUCUGAAACAUAUAAAAAAUGAAUUGAUAUUAGAUUGAAGUCAGAUAACCAUGUAUCUGUAGUAUGAAAUCGAAGUUGUAAAAAAAAUAAAGAAGAUGGUUGUACCAUCAUGUUCUAUCCA